CUUCAACCACCAACGUCUAGAAAGGGAAAGCGUGCCUUCAACGGCCGACAUUGAAACAAGACAGUCAUCAUCCUCAAAUACAUUAAGGAAACAACGGCCUCCCCGCCCACAACGAGGAACAGGUAACGGCCAAAGCACAGAACAGGAUCACCAAAGAGGAAACAAAGCACAGGAAUCUACUCUCCUUCGCUUCGUCUACGUCUCAGCUUAGAGAGUGGGGGACUCCUGAUGGAGUAUAUGGGUCUGAGCCCCAGGACCCACAUACUCGGAAGAACAGAAAGCACAAGACAACAGAGUGGCGCCCUCGUCGGCCAAGACGCCCCCGUCGGCCGAAAAGGGGCCAACUCAGAUUACGGUCCUGAGCCCAAGGAACUCGGGUGCCCUCGUCGGCCGCGCCCUCGUCGGCCGUGCCCUCGUCGGCCACGCCCUCGUCGGCCACGAAGACCUCCCAGAAUCGGAUUCUAUACUUACUCAUUUGUACAGCCCAUUAGAGGCUUUGUAUUCGGCCCAGUAGCGGUCCAGUUGUAAAUGGGCCUCCCAAGCCCAAGGCUUGGGAGCCCAACCCUAAUUUUCUCUAUAAAUACUCCCCUUGGGAGUAGUUAUAGGGGUUACAAAAUCAUUCUAUUGAAGCAUAUUAUUGCACUUCUCUCUCUAGCUCUCACUUCUCUCUAGAUAUACUCUAUCAUAAACCUUAAAGGAUGAUUUAUGAAAUUGCGUAAAUGUAAAUUUUUAUUAAUUCUUUUACGUGAAUAGUAAAUUGCAUGUGGGGCCCACGUCCGGACCGGAGGGUCGCCCGAUAAUUCCCGAACCACAUAUUAUAUUCAUCUUGGUCUAGAUGACAUCUAUAUGGUGGUGGAUAUUUUAUUUGGGCCAUAAGGAAGGCAUGGAGUUGACCGGUUGGUCAAACGGGGCCCAAUUACCGGUAUUGGUAAUUUAGCGGAUAACAGCCCGAAAUGAGUUUCGGAGACUCCUAAAUUAAUGUUGGGGAAUAUAAAUCUAUUCUAAAGGCCAAUAAUUAUUGGGAACGCGUUAUAUAUUUUAUUUGGUCCGAUAAAAUAAAAUAUGACUAAAAUAGUCCGAAAAAUACAACUUUCGGGGCCGAUUAUACACAUCGGGGCAAAAUGGGAUGACCUCCCACAUAAGUGGGGGCCACCCCACGAUUUUAUGUCUUACAAAGGACCAAAGAAGCAGCUAGGGGCGUGCAUAUUAGGUGGGAAGUCUCAAUUGAGACAAAACCCAUACCCCCAAGUCAUAUCCUCCACAAUCAUAUUGUGGUUGAUUGAGGAGUAUCCCCUACCACACUUGUACCAUCCCACAACUCAACUACAGAGAGAUAAGCUCUGGGAAAAAUCUCCACAAAGCUUCAGCUCAAGGGAAGCAAGGAGGGAGGAGAAUCCAAGAAGGGAAAGCUAGGAGUUGGGAGUCGAAAUCACCGGAAACCGCCACUUCAAAGGAGCUAGUCGUAGUUGCAGACCACGAAAGCCGCCCGGCUUUUGUGAAAGCCGCCCGGCUGUUGCCCAGAAACCCAGUUUUCCACUUUCAAUCGGCCUAGAACGGGGAUUGAUCGAGGAGCUUAGCAAAGGCAACUAUUUCAGCACUUCAUAAGUUUCAGGUAGGACUUGAAGGUUGCUACCAUCGCCCGCAGCUUCGGGAGGAUCAAGGGGAGAAGACGUGGUUCGUGCUUCUUCCGUUCUGUUUUAAAAACAAUUACGUUAAUGCUCAUGGAUAUUAUUUUUGAAUAAUUACUUUGGGGGCUUGUAUGCCGAGUUAUGCCAAGUGUGGCUUGAACAAUUGUAUUUAUGCUUCCGCUGUUUUAAAUGAAUGAUUUACAUUAUGCUUG